AUGAUCAAUGUAUUAGUGGUGUUGAGCGCCGAUGAGACCGACGACAAGACAUGUCUAAUGGACUCCAUCUGUAAGAGCAAAGACAAGGAGGGGGUGAAUAAGAACUCUCCCUGUCAUCAGAUCCACGCGCCCUAUGAUAAUGUGAGCACAAUGCCUGAAUAUCUAAGAAAACGAUUUGGUGGUCAACGGAUCCGUAUAUAUAUGUCAGUGUUGGCUCUAUUGCUCUACAUCUUUACCAAAAUAUCUGCUGAUCUGUACGCGGGAGCGCUUUUCAUCAAACAAUCAUUGGGUCUAAACAUGUAUGUGUCGGUUGUGAUAUUACUGGCCAUAUCGGCCGUCUUCACUAUGGCUGGAGGUCUAACCACAUCCAAUAAACCUGCCUGUGACAAGUUUGUAAAGAAUACCAAUAGCCGCGUGAACACGAGUUUUAAUGAAGUGGGAAAAGAGUACAAUAAUCCGAGCGAUGAAAUCGGUUGCUCUAAUCCCGAUAUAUGCAAAAAGAUCUGCGGCUCAGAGUCCGGCUGCUCUAACAUCGCAUACCCAUUGCUAGUGCUUAGACUGAUGCCGGCGGGUCUGACGGGUCUUAUGCUGAGCGUAAUGAUGGCGGCGCUCAUGAGUUCACUCACAUCCAUAUUCAACAGCGCGUCCACAAUAUUCACUAUCGAUAUCUAUAACCGAUUCCGUCGUCAGGCCUCAGAGGUAGAGCAGGUGAUCGCCGGCCGUAUAUUUGUCCUCUUUCUGGUGGCCGUCAGUAUUCUCUGGAUUCCGAUCAUAGAGUCGUCGCAAAACAGUCAACUCUUUAAUUACAUCCAAAGCGUCACCUCAUAUCUGGCCCCUCCUGUCUGUGCGGUGUAUGUGUUGGCCAUGUUUUGGGGCCGAAUCAACGAAAAGGGCGCCUUUUGGGGGCUAAUCAUUGGUCUCGUGAUCGGCAUUAUUAGGUUUGUGAUGGAGUUCUCAUACAGUGUCCCGACGUGUGGUUCCGGAAUCGCUGACCCGAGACCUACCAUACUAUCAAAAGUACAUUAUUUACAUUUUGGAAUUAUAUUAUUUAUUAUCUCAUCGGCGGUUACCAUUGCCAUCAGUUUAUUAACCAAACCUAUUGAUGAAAAACACUUGUAUCGAUUGACUUAUUGGUCGAGAGGUAGUCAUGAAGUACGCGAAGAUAUAGAGAGCGAUGCGGUGGCGGAGACCGAGACAUGCGGACAAACAAACAAUGGUUUUGUCGCCGAAGACGGCACAGAAUCGGCAACGACUGGAUCGCAAAAUAACAAUGUUGUGUUAAAAUCAGGUGAUAAUGAGAAUAGGAGUCGACUAUUGUAUACAUUAUGUUGUGUGGGCUCUGGGAAUAAGUCGGCCGAAGAGGGGGACAAAGGAUACAAAGGUAACGAUGGAGAUAAAGGUGUCAUACCAUUGACCAAAGAGGAGGAAGCGAUCCGUUGCGCUAAUGAUGUCAAAGAAACACCCGUUUGGCGAUCAGUGAAUAAUUUAUUUGCAAUUCUUGUGGUAGGAAUCGGAUCCUUUUUCUGGGGCUAUUAUGCCUGA